CUGGGUGUGUUGAGGGGCAGAAACUGGAGGAUCAGGAGAGAUGGGCUGUGAAGAGGAUGAGGAAAAGGUUGAGGCCAGUAUUGCAGUACAUGGUGGAAGGGAGUAAUCUUAAUAUAGGAAAGCGUAGGAUAUUAAACAGUAGUGUUGCUGUCUUAAUCACCAUUAAUGUCAUAUUGUGCUGUGUUUAUUGUCCAUGCUAUUUAUUACAAAAAUGAAUUGUCUGAUGGGUGUCAGGUUCAUGGAUAUGUGUAAGGCAGUGUCUGCUGUGAAAAGAGACUGGGCUGUUAAGGAUCUUUGUGUGUGUUUUUGUGCGGGGAGGUGAAAGUGACAUUAUGGGGUGAGAACUGGAGCAGAAGCAGGGGGAACAGAAGUUUAUGGGCUACUAAGGGACAUGUGGAAAUGUAUUGGGGAGAGGUUAAGGCAAUAGGCAGCACUGGGUUUAAUACUCCUACACACAUAUAUAGUUACUGUGUAGAGUGGGAGAAGAACUGAAGGCAACUGAAAAAAGCUAGGGAGAUAUUUGGAAAAGGGAGAGGCGGGUGAGACAGCAAAAAGGAAGAUGUGACAGAUGAGGAAGACGGUGCUGAAGGGAUGUCCUUUGUUGUCUUUGUUGGGGAGCAGCACUCUGCCUGGAAAAGAUGGCGGAUGUUGAUGUUUGUGCUGGUGGGGAUAGCACCAGAAGAAAAAUGGAUGCUCUAGCAGAUAGUGCAGCUGAGAUCGUUCCGUUGGAGCUCUAUGAUUCAGCUCGAGCAAAAAUAGCUGCUAAUCUACAAUGGAUCUGUGCUAAAGCCUAUGGAAUAGAUAACAUCCCAGAUGAACUGAAGGACCCAUUUUAUAUAGAUCAGUAUGAGGAAGAACAUAUUAAACCACCUGUCAUCAAGCUGUUGCUGUCCAGCGAGCUCUACUGCCGUGUCUGCAGCCUCAUUCUGAAAGGGGAUCAGGUGGCUGCUCUGCAGGGACACCAGUCGGUCAUCCAGGCUCUGUCUCGGAAAGGGAUUUACGUCAUGGAGAGCGAUGAUACACCUGUGUCUGAAUUGGAUCUCAGCUGUGCGCCAAUCAAAAUGAGUCCUCACAUGGCAAUGAUUGAUGCCCUCAUGAUGGCCUACACUGUGGAAAUGAUCAGCAUUGAGAAAGUGGUUGCAAGUGUCAAAUGUUUUUCUACAUUUAGUGCCUCAAAGGAAUUGCCCUAUGAUCUGGAGGAUGCAAUGAUAUUCUGGAUUAAUAAGGUGAACCUGAAAAUGAGAGAGAUAACAGAAAAAGAGGUCAAACUAAAACAGCAUUUACUGGAAAGCCCAGGUCACCAAAAGUCUCCUUCCAAAUGGUAUUGGAAAUUAGUACCUGUACGUUAUCGCCGAGAUCACCUUUCAAAUAGGCAGUUACCAUUUUUUCCAUUGCUUGAAGAUUUGAUGAAGGACUGCAGUGAUGGGGCUGCUUUAUUGGCUGUGAUACAUUAUUAUUGUCCUGAACAUAUGAAGCUAGAUGAGAUCUGCCUAAAAGAGGUAACAUCGAUUGCUGACAGUAUCUAUAACAUCCAGCUGCUUCGGGAAUUCUCAAAUGAAUAUCUUAGCAAAUGUUUUUACCUCACACUGGAGGACAUGCUGUAUGCACCUUUGGUCCUAAAGCCCAACAUGAUGGUCUUCAUUGCUGAAUUAUUCUGGUGGUUUGAGAAUGUUAAGCCAGACUUCGUGCAGCCCAGGGACCUCCAAGAAGUAAAAGAUGCAAAAACAAUGUUGCAGCAGAAGAGUAGCCGCCUGCCUGUUCCUAUUUCCAACGCAACGAAACGCAGUUUCAUGGUGAAUCCAGCUGCUUCCAGUUCACCUGAUGUACAACUCCCAGUUCAGCUCCCUUUGGAGUCUUGCAACAGGUAUUCCCUGCAUCCUGAAGAAUUUGAGUAUCUCGGAAAAGGAAACCCUGCCUUCAGCCCAUCCCAUCCAUUGCUGCCUUUGAGACAAAAACAACAGAAGUCCCUGCAGGGGGAGGACAGUUCAGAUCAACGGCAUCGUUCUAAUUCAUUGACAAAAGUAGAUGGGCAGCCACGGGAGUCAAUCCUUGCAUGGCCAGAGAAGAAGCAAAGACCUGUUUCUCAGCCAACACCAUUCGCACUUCAUUAUGCUGCAAGCAGUGAUGCAGACCCCAGUUCUGGUGAUAGCAUUAGCUUGGCUCGGUCAAUCAGCAAGGACAGCUUAGCAUCAAACAUUGUCAACAUCACUCCAAAACAGCAGCCUCAGUCUGCACCAGUGAAAAGCGAUGGGAAAAGUUUGCUGAACAAUGUAGAAAUAGAGGAUGAGGAUGAGGAUGAAGAAUUGAUCGCAGUAAUCUGCCCAGAUGCUACACUGAACCAUGGCAACCUGGAACUUCAGAGUGUGCCAGCUAGAUCACCUAGUCAAGUUGCAACCGCAUGGGCUCAGAAAUCACAAAGUGAAGCCUCCAAAAGCAAGACAGAUAGCUUUUUCCUUGAGCCUUUAAUGCCUGCUAUUCUGCGACCAGCAAAGGAAAAACAAUCAAUCAAUAAGGAGGAUGAAUGUGGGGAAGGAAAGAAGAGAGGCUUUGUAUCAAAGAGAGUGAGUGAGGGGCCCAUGGCUUUAGUCCGUAAGAAAGCCAAUAAUAAUCAUGCAGAUCACAUCCCCAGCAGAACUUUUGUUGCAACUUCUGGUUCUGAAUUAUCAGCAGUUGCUGGUUCCAGCAUGGCAGAUUCGUCAGUGCACUCAGAAGUCAGAGGAGAGCCCUUCCAUCCCCAGGCAAUUAGUAGCUUAGAUACUUUAUCUCUAGAACAGUCCUCCACCAAAGCACAUGAGGAUUUGGCUUGCAGUACAAAUGUUGGCUACAUGAAAAGUCCAAAUUCUCGCAUUGCAGACACCUCAUGGACAAUGAUCAGGCAAGAUUCUGAUUCAGACAUUCUGGAUAUGGAGGAAGUCGAACAAGAUUUAGUGUCUGACGAUCAUCCAAUAAUUGCCAAGUAUAUAGGAGAAGAGGAAUCAGCAAAGCUGCAAGAAGACAUGAAGGUUAAGGAACAUGAAGAUAAAGAUGAUGCCAGUGGACGUUCAAGUCCAUGCCUAAGUACUGUUUCUCAGAUAAGCAGCUCAUCCGUGACCAGUGGGAGUGCCAGAAUGACUAACUUUGCUGAACGGAAGUUUCAGAGAUUGAACAACUAUGAAACAAAAUCCAGCACCAGCAGCUCACAGAAGACCACACCAGAUGGAUCAGAGUGUUGUCCAGCCCUGUUAACCACAUGGAAGCAGAAGAGGGAGCAAAGCCCCAACAGGCAGAACAAAGAUAAUGUUAACCUGCUGGCUUCUGAACUGGUGCAGCUUCAUAUGCAGCUGGAGGAGAAGCGGAGAGUGAUAGAGGCUCAGAAGAAGAAGAAGGAGGUGUUGUCGGCCAGGCAGCGGUUAAAACUGGGCAAGGCAGCAUUUUUGGGUGUGGUGAAGAAAGGGAAAGGGGCUGAAGUCUCUCAGCCACUUAAGCCAGAGCACUUCACGAAGGAGUAUUCAAGACACAAUGGGGAAGGCGUGGAUGCUACAUUGAGCUCUGAAUCUGAGUCCAUCUUCAUGAAAGAGGAAGGGGAUGAAGAGACUCUUGAUGCUCUUGAAGUGCCCAAAGUAAAGGCCCAAGAAACUGUUGCUUUUGUUGAGGAAAACAAUCCAAAAGAACCCACUAUACAUGAAAUAGAGAAAAGCAAAAUGAUUUCUGCUGCACUUCUAGAAGAGAACAUCGAAUCUGCUGAAUGUGAUCUCCCCAUUGAGAAACUAAAUGAAAUGAUCAGUGCCCUCCGGCAAGAUAUCCUGAAGAUUUCUCGGCAACAAGAGCUUCUCAUGAAACAGCCAACAGUAUCGUCACUGAGAGGCGUCUCUCAGGACCAAAAGAUAAAAGCACCAGUUCAUUUUGUUGAACCUCUGUCUCCCACUGACAUGAGUAGUCUCCCUAAGCCACCAUGUCUCAGUCAAGGUCGGAGUCCUCACUCGGUGAGACCAUCUGAACUGAAAGAGGGUAAGGAGCGUCAGCAAGCCAUGAUGCGCAUCAAAACCCUGACUCCUAGCACUGACACCUCACCACACUUAAGGCAGUUUUCAUCAAACAAUUCAUCCAAGACCCCGACUGAAGCUACUGUCGAAAAUAAUUUUGACCUGGACAGCACUAGAGAGAAACAGCGAGCAGGAUUUACCCUGUCCACUUCCAAAGACACAAAUAUCCUCUCUGAGGCUCUCAAAGAUGUGAAUAGUAACAUAGAAGACAUUAGCUGUGCUUCUUGUGAUAGCUCAGGGAAAGAGAACAUCCCAACAGAGGAGUCGACGAGAAGCAAAGGUAGCCUUAUUGAAGUAGACCUGUCUGAUUUAAAAGCCCCAGAUGAAGGAGGAGAAGCUGAAAGCCAAGAUGACUCCACAUACCUGACUGGUGAAAUUGAUCAGAAGUCAGGAGUUAGUUUUUUCUUUAAGGAUGGGCAGAAAGCAGAAGAUGAGCUUGCAAAGAAACGUGCCGCUUUCCUCUUAAAGCAGCAGCGCAAAGCUGAAGAGACACGCCUUAGAAAACUGCAGUUCGAGGCAGAGGCUGAACAAAAGAGAGAUGAAGCCCGUCGUAAAGCUGAAGAGGAUCGCAUACGGAAGGAAGAAGAGAAAGCCCGGAGAGAGCUCAUCAAACAAGAACACCUGAGAAGAAAGCACCAGCAAAACUUGGAAGAACAAGGCCGUGGGAAGCCCAAACCCAAGCCCAAGCAGCCUAGGCCAAUAUCUGUUCAUCAGGAAGAAUCCUAUAGCAACUUGGAAAGAAAGUGUUCUUCUAUCCCUGAUAAUCUAAGUAGUGCUCAGUCAGGUUCUAGCCUGUCUUUGGCAUCUGCAACAACAACCGAACCUGAAAGUGUUAAUUCUGGCGGCGCACCUUCCAAACGAGUGAAAUCAAUGGAAACCUUGCCCAUAUUGAGCAGGAACCCAAGUCGAAACAUGGAGAGAGACUGGGAAAGCACCUCAGCAGCCUCUUCAGUUGCAUCAGUAGCAGAAUAUACUGGUCCAAAGAUGUUUAAAGAGCCCUGUGGCAAGUCAAACAAAUCAAUUAUCCACAAUGCUAUUUCCCACUGCUGUCUUGCUGGAAAAGUGAAUGAGCCUCACAAGAAUUCUAUACUGGAGGAGCUCAAGAAAUGUGAUGCCAAGCACUACAUUAUUUUGUUCCGUGAUGCUGGCUGCCAGUUCAGAGCACUUUAUUGUUUCAAUCCUGAAACAGAAGAAAUCCACAAGCUGACAGGAACAGGGCCAAAGAGCAUCACUAAGAAAAUGAUUGACAAGCUUUAUAAAUAUAGCUCGGACAGGAAGCAAUUUAAUAUCAUUCCAGCCAAAACCAUGUCUGCCUGUGUAGAUGCUCUGACGAUUCACAACCAUCUGUGGCAGCCCAAACAACCUGUAGUGCCAAAGAAGACUCAAACUCACAAAUGACAUUACAGUUCAGUGGGAGACUAUUGUAGAUUUCAUCGCUGGGGAGAAAUGAGUUUCCUCACCCUCUCUCUGGUUUGGGUAUGAAAUGAGCAGAACCAUAAUCCCUUUUUUAAAAAAAGAAAAGAAAGAGGCUUAUUAAACGUGGAUGCAAGGAAAGAAUGAAGGAGCAGCUUCAGUGUUCUUUUUGGUUUUUUUGUAUGAAUGAUAAAACGGCUGUUACACCCAUUGAUAACCAGAGAGGCUUUUCACAUGAGGGAAGGUGCAUGUAGCAAGAGUGGAUUUCUUUUUACUUGAAGUUCUUCAUUGGUACAAAUUGGGACAUCUUUUCUUGUUCCUCCCCUUCCUGCAAUCACUCUUGGAGUUAGCAUGUGCUGCCCCUCAGGAGAACAAGAAACUGGGCACUGUGGCAGGCUUUCAGUGAAUAUCUUUUAGACUCUGGAGACUUGAUAACAUACAAACAAUUGGUACUUGUCCCUACUGCCAACACUAAACCAGGCUCUGGCUUGUGGAAGGAAAAGGAAAAUACUCCAACCCCACCCCCUUGCUGCUCAGAACCAAGUUUACCUAAAGUAUCAAAUCAUUUUUAAAAGCACUGAAAACUGUAAAAUUCGCCUUUUUUAAAAAAGAAAGAAAGAAAAUGGAGGACUUAUGCAAAUUAUCAUGGCUGAACAUUUCUGCAACACAAUCAUGAAGAGGAAAACAGGUGCUACUUGUUGGAAUAUUCCCAAUUUGAAACUUGAGGCAAGCUAAAUGGAGUACAGUCAACAUUGCUUUUCUGUUUCAAGUAGUAUCCUAACAGGAUUUUUUUUGUCUUUUUAAUAAAGACAGAUUAUUGAAAUAGUAGAACAUCUUCACUCAGAGCAUGUUACUCCUGUAUAAUGGUGCACUUAAUGAUCACAAAUUAUAAUGCUUUUAAAUUAUGUCCUGAAAUGUAAUUUAAAUUGGUUUUUUCUCUUUUCUUUGAAUGAGUACCAUGCUCUAAAAUGGAGUGUGUUUUAUGUUGUUGUUUCAACUUUUUUCUUUUGUGGCAAGAGUAUAUGCUAAUAAAGGAGAAAAUAUACCAGUUUCCAUAUACUAACAAUUUUCAAACAAA